AUGUAUGAAGGACAACUCUUAGGAACAGCAAAGUUACGAAGAGGCGAUGCUUUCUUGAGUCUCGACUGCCUCCUCUACCGGUGUAAUCUUAGAACCGACGAUCUCAUCGUCGAUGAAGUCAAUCUCGCAAUUCAAGUUUUUCUCGUUGUUAAUCAGCACCUGCUCCAUCGCGUGUGCACCAUCUCUUUACCUCCAUCGCCUCACAUGGCUUUCGAUUGCAGAUCAUUUAUGAAGACACACAGGGUGAAAAUCGAUUCCCACGGAGUUCUCCAUGUUCCUCCGGUCUACACCUUCUCGAUCCGAAAACGGAAAGUAUUUCGUCAAACAUUUCAUCAGAGUCAAAGCACAAGAGAAAUGAAAACACAUAUCAAGUUUGUUUUUCCACCCCCACUUCCGAUUGCUUUCGUUUUCUUUGUCGGCAUCGACACAGUGAACUGGUUAGAAGCUGAAAUCUUUUAGGGCUGCAAGGAGUGAUGAUGCCUGAUCAGAAGGUUAAUGUAUAACAUCUAACUGAGAAUGGUGCUGAAGUUGAAG